AAUACUUGACCCAUUGACCCAGCUGUCCCAUCAUCAACGUUCUCACUUGGGGUACCCUCCCGGCUUGUGUUCCGACGACACCGCCGCACUUACUCCGCAAUCCGAUCCCUCGAGAACAACAUCAGGAAAACAUUAGCUACAACUCAACAAACUAUGGAUCCAGCAAGCCAGCUCCAGUCAUAUACUUAUCCAGCAUCACCGGCAGAACUUCGUGAAUCAAUAGACUCUUUCCUCAAUGAACCUCCAAGUUCUGACCUACGAGCGCAAACACAAGAGCGGGUGCGAGACAGUCUUGAGGUGAUCCAGAAAGCUCUGGAUGAAUACGGUCCUGAAGGCCUCGCACUCUCUUACAAUGGCGGAAAAGACUGCCUCGUCCUCCUCGCACUAUACUACUCCCUCAUCCCUCCACAACCAUCUCCCAAAUCAACAUCCCCCGCCGCCCAGCUUCUCCCCUCACCCUCAAUAUACGUCACCCCCAAACAUCCCUUCCCACAAGUCGAAUCCUUUGUCGACGAAUCCGCCGCCGCCUUUGGGCUCGAACUCAUUCGCAUUCCGGUACCCAUGAAAGCUGCAUUUGAGGAUUACCUGAGACGAAAGACGGGGGUUAGGGCGAUCAUGGUUGGUACGAGACGAGGGGACCCACAUGGAGAGGGGUUGAGGACGUGUCAGAGGACGGAUCAAGGGUGGCCGGAUUUCGUGAGGGUGCAUCCUGUGUUGGAGUGGAGAUAUGCAGAGGUGUGGGAGUUUCUGAGAGCACUACAGAUUCCCUAUUGUGAGUUGUACGAUCAAGGAUACACCUCGCUGGGUGAUGUUCACGAUACACAUCCCAACCCAGCACUAAAG